UCAGGGUCUUUGACUGCGCACCGCUGCUGCUGAAGCCGGCACAGCUUGCACCAUCUGAAGCAGCCCAUUUGCCGUCUGGGGCCUGCCGAAAACACUCAAGAGGUUCAGAGAUCUGCUUUUCUCGGGCUAGUCCAUCACAAAAACGCACGCAGUUGCGCCGCCGACAUGUCCUCUAUGUUCUACAGGCCGGGUGACAGCUCCUCAAGCGGUGACGACUCGUCCGACGACCGCGAGGAGACCAGUGGCUCUGCGCAGGACAACUUACUCUCGAGGAUUAACACAUUGGACGCAGCUGAGCAAUCUGCAGCACGGUCUGGAACGCAGUCACAGCAACAAAUGCCGUCGGCCCGCCCAGCUGCCACCCCUGCUGACACCAGCCAGUUCCGCGACCUCUUGCUGCAUACGCUCCUUGAGGAGAGGACUGCAGCGCAAAUCGCAGAAUCUCUGGGCAAGGAUAAGUCCGACCCAGAAGUCCAGGCUCUUGCUCGGCAGACGUAUCAAGACCUUGCAAGCCACUUAUCCCAGGAUGUCGACCAUAGCUAUGCUAGCGAUGGGAUGCGGUCUGCGCGCGCCGCUGCCCACGAAGGUAUCACUCGAUUCACCCAAGCUCAUCUGAACGUCCUCACAUCGGUGCCGGCCAAUCCUGCGUCGACUGCUGGACCUUCUCAAGCCCUGGUAGCUCUUCCUAUGAACCCGAUGUCGCUUGAGGCACCUCACACGGCCUUGAGUCGUCUAGACCCUCAGCUUCCCUUCCUGUUACCAUUUAAGGACCAGCCGGGUUUCUACAGUGACAGGUACGCGCGAGAGUUCGAAGAGCUUGGUGUUGUCGGCAAAGGUGGUUAUGGCAAGGUUUACAAGGUCAAGCAUAAGCUUGACAAUCACUUCUACGCGGUCAAGAAAAUCAUGAUAAGCGCCGCCAAGCUACAGAAGAUCAAAGAAGGCGGACAUCAAGAGAUGGAGAGGCUGCUCGACGAAGUCCGGUCGCUCGCUCGCUUCGAUCAUGGCAACAUCGUUCGGUACCACAAUUGUUGGCUGGAGUUCACAGGCGGACCUACAGACUCGACUACGCAGCCCACGGCGAAAGCUAUCCACCGCGAUCGGCUUCUUAAAGAUGCAUCUUCGCCGACUUUCAGCACCAGCAAUGCAGACGAGCUAUACUCUGGCCUCAACAACCUGACCUUUGAGGAAGACUCCGGUGCGAACAUUGUCUUCGAGGCGAGCGAUGCCGGCGCAGGAGCCGAAGAGGUCAAGGGUGAUGCGAGGACGACCAAGCGCAAGGAUCGACGCGGAAGUCAAGCGACGAUUGCCACCAUCUCAUCUACUAAAUCUCUCAUUACCAGCAUCGAAGACGCGGUCGACAAAGAAGACGGAGAUAUCGAGACCAUCCCAAGGACCCACGAACCAACCUUCGAAGGAUCUGAAGACGCUUCCGAGAGCAUAAUGUCACAUAGCGAUAUGCCCGCCCACCUCAUCUCAGCACGCACGACCGGCCCAAUCCUGACACUCAACGUCCAAAUGUCCCUCUACAACACCAACCUAGCAGCAUUCCUCUCCACCGAGCAAGAUCCACCCACCCACUGCUUCCACCCCUGCAUCUCGCUGGAGCUCCUCAGCAACAUCAUCUCAGGAGUGGAGUACCUCCACGAGCAGGGCGUCGUCCACCGCGACCUGAAGCCAGCCAACGUCUUCCUCUCGCUGAGCACCAGUCGCAGCCCGCCGGCGGGUUCGGUCGAUCUGGCCAGCUGCGGGCCCUGCCCAGACCGCGGUUGCCUGCACGUCACGCCCAGGAUUGGCGACUUCGGGCUGGUGGCUGCGCUGGGUGACAGCUGCCUCACUGAUCCUACCUCUGCUAGGCCGGUAGGGACUGAGUUCUACCGGCCGCCGGGCGGGGGUAGGAUCAGUGAGAAGCUGGAUGUGUUUGCGCUGGGCGUGCUUGGGCUGGAGAUGUUGGUGCGCUUUGGCACCAGGAUGGAGAGGGUGCAGGCGCUCACUGAGCUCAGGCAGGGGCAGUUUCCGGUGGGCUUUGCCGCCAGCAUUGGCGAGUUGGGCGGCAAGGUGCAGCAGCUGGUGGGGGAUAUGGUGCAGGCCGAUGAGGAUGCCAGGCCGGGGUGUGAGGCGGUGAGGAGGGAGAUUGGGCGGAUUGUGCAUGGCAUGAACGAGUAGGCGGUCUGCUCUUCUAUGAUACCCACACCUGUAUAGUAGUGUACCGAGUAGCAAUGGCCAUCAACUAGAGCAUCUGUCUACUUGUG